CGCCACUUCCGGCGGCGGCGGCUGAGGGCCGGGGCGAGGCCGGGCCCGGGCGGUGCCGCCCUCGGGGCUCCCCUCACGGACUGACCGCAGCGAGAGCGGACGGCUCCCGGCGUGCCGGGAGCUGCGCGGAGCGCGGCCCCGCCCGAGGCUUUCCGCGGUACUGCUGGAUGAAGCUCCUGCUGGCUUAACAACGGAAUUUGGUUUAAACAUCCAGGUGCUGCAACAUCAGUGGAGAUUUUGGUUACUGACUGUGACCAGACUAACUCGGGGUGACAGCAACAAGUUCCAGGUUGUCCAGAACUCUUGGCUGGGCUGGCUGGAAUUGCUCCUGGCUGGAAACAAUGAAGCAGCAUCCUGCCUGAAACUUGGGGAGUGAAAUCAUGGCAUCUUCAGCAAACCUGGAUGUGGGGGCCCAGCUGAUUGUGGAAGAGUGCACCACCAGCUACAGCCUUCCCCCCAUGCCAGAUAUCAAAGUGGAGCACCAGCUUGACACCAGCACGGAGGAGGGCCCAGCCCAGAGUGUCACCAUGGGGAUGAAGUUCAUCUUGCCCAACAGAUUUGAUAUGAACGUCUGCUCACGAUUUGUGAAGUCUUUGAACGAGGAGGACAGUAAAAAUAUCCAAGAUCAAGUCAACUCUGACCUUGAAGUCGCAUCUGUCUUAUUUAAAGCUGAAUGCAACAGCCACACUUCUCCUUCCCCUGGUAUCCAAGUAAGACAUGUUUAUACUCCAUCAACUACUAAACAUUUCUCACCAAUAAAACAAUCAACUACACUAACUAACAAACACAGGGGAAAUGAAGUCUCUACAACACCUCUACUUGUAAACUCUUUAUCAGUUCAUCAGCUGGCUGCUCAGGGAGAAAUGUUAUACCUGGCCACACGUAUUGAACAAGAAAAUUUAAUCAAUCAUAAGGAUGAAGAAGGAUUUACUCCUCUGAUGUGGGCUGCAGCUCAUGGGCAGAUAGCAGUAGUGGAAUUUCUCCUCCAGAAUGGUGCAGAUCCUCAGAUUCUGGGAAAGGGCCGAGAAAGUGCCCUCUCACUGGCCUGCAGUAAAGGAUACACAGAUAUUGUCAAAAUGCUGCUCGACUGUGGAGUUGAUGUCAAUGAGUAUGACUGGAAUGGAGGCACACCCUUGCUGUAUGCAGUACAUGGGAACCAUGUGAAAUGUGUAAAAGUUCUUCUCGAAAAUGGUGCUGAUCCAACUAUCGAAACAGAUGCUGGCUAUAAUUCCAUGGAUUUGGCUGUAGCCUUGGGCUAUCGGAGUGUUCAGCAGGUCAUUGAGUCUCAUUUACUAAAGCUACUUCAGAGUAUCAAGGAAUAAUGGUUGGCUCUUCUGCGGGUGCCACAUCUUGGAGAUUUGAAUUGCUGUUUAGCACUAAUCGGUGACGAGAGUUGGUUGUUUUGUAACUUUACCUCAGUGCAAUUAUCUGCUGGCUUUAGUUAAGCUUUUUUGUGUUCUUCCCCUUCUUUCACUGUUGUUGAUACAAAUGUGCUGUCAUCCUUUUCUUAAAUAUAUUUUAUAUAAUUUUAAAAGAGUCAGUUGUGCAUGAAAAGCUUUGUAAAUAAACCCAGUUCUGACCAUAUAAAUGUUUACACUGAGUAAAGUGGGUGGCACUAUGCCAAGUGUCCUACUUCAUCACAUCAUUGAUACUUAUCCACAGGAAGAAAUGUGUUUAGAUAUUAAGGGAUAUCACCACAGAAUGCAGAUAUCUGUAUUGUUAAUAAUGCCAGAAUGUGCACUGUGUAUGAAGUUUUUGAGAUCCCCAGUUAAUAUUUAUCCUGGCUGGAGCCCCAGAACAGGGUUGAUUUUUGCAAUAGUGAGGAGGGGACUGGGACCCAGAGGUUAUUCUGUAUCACCUCACCUCAUUGCUAAGAGAAGGAAAGGGUCCCUUCCAGGGAGAAGGAGUUCCAGUCAGGGUGGACUGGGUGCAGUGGGGUCGGUAGAGCUCUGCAGUGAGCAAUUUUGUAUGUGAAUCACUCUCUUUUUUUGUACAUUGAUGCUGUUAAUGUUUGUUUUCUUAACCCCAUUGCUGUUUUCAGUAAAUUUUUCUUACCUCA